UGCCAGGUGUUUAUUACGUGUAGGUAAUUUGUGUCUAUUCAGCUGGGGUAUUUUGUAGGUGAUAAGUAUAUAAAUUCAACUAAAUCUAUCGAAUAAUGUAGAAUAGUCCAUCGUAUUCAACCAAAAUGAAUUCUGCAAUUACUUGUUUGGUUGUACUCGCGUCUCUGUUCUGUGUGGGAUCUGCAAUUUCAUAUUGCGACAUUUAUCCCAUGUUACCUGUUUGUGCAGCAACAACAACAACAACAACAACACAAAAACCAGCAUUUGAUAUUUGUGCUUUUCAACCUAGCCAUUCGAGCUGCCAGCAAGUUGAAGUUAUAGAACCCGCAUAUUGUAAAGUGUUUCCUUUGUGUAGGUAUUGUGAGUCGAACUGUGCUAGUGUACCGGGCUUUAAUACACCUGAACCAACCACGCCAGAGCCUACCACACCUGAACCAACCACGCCAGAGGCUACCACACCUGAACCAACCACGCCAGAGCCAACAACACUAGAACCAACCACACCGGAACCAACUACUCCAGAACCAACCACACCGGAACCAACUACUCCAGAACCAACCACCCCGGAACCAACUACUCCAGAACCAACCACCCCGGAGACAACUACACCAGAACCAACCACGCCGGAACCAACUACUCCGGAGCCAACAACACCGGAACCAACAACACUGGAACCAACAACACUAGAAGCUACAACGCCGGAACCAACUACUCCAGAACCAACCACCCCGGAACCAACUACUCCAGAACCAACCACCCCGGAACCAACAACUCCAGAACCAACCACGCCGGAACCAACAACACUAGAAGCUACAACGCCGGAACCAACCACGCCGGAACCAACUACUUCGGAGCCAACCACACCAGAACCAACCACUCCAGAGCCAACUACGCCAGAACCUACCACGCCGGAACCAACCACAGCGGAGCCAACCACACCGGAACCAACUUCUCCAGAGCCAACUACCCAAGCAAUCGAGCAGUUUGAUGAUCCAGAACAACAGCGGUGCGCGGUCUUGGCUUCCGCUCCGGAUAUGUGUAUGAUUCCAUCAGUAAUGGAUGGGUGUUGUGCGUGUCCAGAUCUUUAUCCAACUUUACCUAACUGCCCAACAACAACACCGCCGCCCACUACAACACCCAUGCCAACUACAACUACAGCGCCGCCUACCACAACACCAUCGUUUUGUCCUGUUUUUGAGCAAUACAAGGAUGCGAUGUGCGUUGGUACACUACUUGAUGCUUGUUGUGAAUGUCCGAAUCUGGUUGAUGGCUUAAACUGUCAACCUGAAACAACAGCAUCUGCGACUACUCCACUAGCAACAACAGCAGCAGCUACAACUCUAGCAGAAACUACUCCAGAAGCUACAACACUGGCAGCAACAACUGUAGCUGAUACAACACCCGCUGACACAACACCAGCAGCAACAACAGCAGCCACAACUACUCCAGCAGCAUCAACACCGGCAGAAACUACUCCAGCAGCUACAACACUAGCAGCAACAACUGCAGCUGAUACAACACCCGCUGCUACAACUUCAGCAGCAACAACGCCAGCUGAAACCACUGCAGCUGAUACAACACCAGCUGAAACCACUGCAGCUGAUACAACACCAGCGGAAACCACUGCAGCUGAUACAACACUAGCAGCAACAACUGCAGCUGAAACAACACCCGCUGCUACAACACCAGCAGCAACAACGCCAACAGAAACAACGCCAGCAGAAACAACUCUAACUGAUACAACACUAGCAGCGACAACUGCAGCUGAUACAACAUCCGCUGCUACAACACCGGUAGGAACAACGCAAGCAGCAACCACCCCCGCAGCUACAACACUAGCAGAAACUACUCCAGCAGCCACAACACUGGUACCAACGACACCAGCCGCAACUACUCCAGCAGCAACAACGACAGUUGCGACUACUCUACCAGCUACUUCUCCUGCAGCUACAACACCAGCAGAAGCAGAACCACCGACUACUGUAGUAACUACGGUACCCACAGUUCCAACUACUCCAGCUGAUACAACACCGGCAGAAACUACUCCAGCAGCUACAACACUAGCAGCAACAACUGCAGCUGAUACAACACCCGCUGCUACAACACCAGCAGCAACAACGCCAGUAGAAACCACUGCAGCUGAUACAACACCGACAGAAACUACCCCAGCAGCUACAACACUAGCAGCAACAACUGCAGCUGAUACAACACCCGCUGCUACAACACCAGCAGCAACGACGCCAGCAGAAACAACUGUAACUGAUACAACACUAGCAGCGACAACUGCAGCUGAUACAACAUCCGCUGCUACAACACCGGUAGGAAUAACGCCAGCAGCAACCACCCCCGCAGCUACAACACUAGCAGAAACUACUCCAGCAGCCACAACACUGGUACCAACGACACCAGCCGCAACUACUCUACCAGCUACUUCUCCUGCAGCUACAACGCCAGCAGAAGCAGAACCACCGACUACUGUAGUAACUACGGUACCAACAGUUCCAACUACUCCAGCUGCAUCAACACCGGCAGAAACUACUCCAGUAGCUACAACUGCAGCUGAUACAACACCCGAUGCUAUAACACCAGCAACAACAACGCCAGCAGAAACCACUGCAGGUGAUACAACACCCGAUGCUACAACACCAGCAACAACAACACCAGCAGAAACUACCCCAUCAGCCACAACUUUAGCAGAAACUACUCCACCAGCUACAACAUUAGCAGCAACAACACCAGCAGAAACCACUGCAGCUGAUACAACACCUGCAGCAACAACUACUCCAGCACCUACGACACCCGCCGCAACUACUACAGCAGCUACAAUACCACCAACUCUCCCUGUAGUAAAUACUUUAUGCGAAGGACUGGCUGUAUACCCAGAAAUUUUAUGUGCUAAUGAAGACAUUAAAGUGGAAUGCUGUAAAUGUCCUGAUCUGAUGGACUUGCCCGAAGUCGGCUGUACAGCCACAACACCCACAGGGACAGCAACAACGCCAGCUGCGGCUACAACAGAAUUAGAAACAACACCGGCAGAAACUACUCCAGCUGAUACAACACCAGCAGCAACAACACCAGCAGAAACUACUCCAUCAGCCACAACUCUCGCAGAAACUACUGCAGCAGCUACAACACCAGCAGCAACAACACCAGCAGAAACCACUGCAGCUGAUACAACACCUGCAUCUGAUACAACACCUGCAGAAACUACUCCAGCAGCUACAACACUAGCAGCAACAACUGCAGCUGAAACAACACCCGCUGCUACAACACCAGCAGCAACAACGCCAGCAGAAACCACUGCAGCUGAUACAACACCAGCAGAAACUACUCCAGCAGAAACUACUCCGGCAGCUACAACACUAGCAGCAACAACAGCAGCUGAAACAACACCCGCUGCUACAACACCAGCAGCAACAACGCCAGCUGAAACCACUGCAGCUGAUACAACACCAGCUGAAACCACUGCAGCUGAUACAACACCAGCGGAAACCACUGCAGCUGAUACAACACUAGCAGCAACAACUGCAGCUGAAACAACACCCGCUGCUACAACACCAGCAGCAACAACUCCAGCUGAAACCACCGCAGCUGAUACAACACCAGCGGAAACUACUCUAGCAGAAACUACUCCAGCAGCCACAACUCUAGCAGCAACAACAGCAGCUGAUACAACAGCAGCAGGAACAACGCCAGCAGAAACAACUGCAGCUGAAACAACACCCGCUGCUACAACAGCAGCAGCAACAACGCCAGCUGAAACCACUGCAACUGAUACAACACCAGCGGAAACCACUGCAGCUGAUACAACACCAGCGGAAACCACUGCAGCUGAUACAACACUAGCAGCAACAACUGCAGCUGAAACAACACCCGCUGCUACAACACCAGCAGCAACAACUCCAGCUGAAACCACCGCAGCUGAUACAACACCAGCGGAAACUACUCUAGCAGAAACUACUCCAGCAGCCACAACUCUAGCAGCAACAACAGCAGCUGAUACAACACCAGCAGCAACAACGCCAGCAGAAACAACUGCAGCUGAAACAACACCCGCUGCUACAACAGCAGCAGCAACAACGCCAGCUGAAACCACUGCAGCUGAUACAACACCAGCGGAAACCACUGCAGCUGAUACAACACUAGCAGCAACAACUGCAGCUGAAACAACACCCGCUGCUACAACACCAGCAGCAACAACUCCAGCCGAAACCACCGCAGCUGAUACAACACCAGCGGAAACUACUCUAGCAGAAACUACUCCAGCAGCCACAACUCUAGCAGCAACAACAGCAGCUGAUACAACACCAGCAGCAACAACGCCAGCAGAAACCACUGCAGCUGAUACAACCCCAGCAGCAACAACCCCAGCAGAAACCACUGCAGCUGAUACAACACCAGCAGAAACUACCCCAUCAGCCACAACUUUAGCAGAAACUACUCCUGCCGCUACAACACCAGCAGAAACUACUCCGGCCGCCACAACUGCAGCCGAUACAACACCAGCUGCUACAACGCCUGUUCCUAAUAAAUGUAAAUACUCCGAAUACGUAACUACCAUUACCAAGAGAAUAAUUUCUGGUCAAUCAACAUUUGAUAAUACAUAUCCUGGUGUCGUCAGCUUUCAAUCGGAUUCAUACACGGCUAUUGGAACUCCUAUCAAAUUAACCAUUUGCUCUGGAAUAAUUCUUGAUGAAACGCACAUUUUAACCACACUAUCUUGUUUCCAGUUCGUGGAUGCGAUGGCCGAUUUUUCAUCUGCAGAAGCUGUCAUAUCAGAAACUGAUACUAGCAGUACAAGUGGAGCUGAACAGACGAUUCCAUUAACCUACCCAAUCCCAAAUGAAACCACUGGGGAUAUGGUGGUCAUGACGCUGGAUACGCCAAUUGACAUCAACAGCGUGUCGUCAGCUCCUGCAUGUGUUAUAAACGACAACAUGGCGAUUGAUGAAACUUCGUGUCAAGUGCUUGGUUUUGGUAAUAUGUAUACUUCAUUUCCCUCAACCAGUUUAAGAGCUGGAGAUGUUACUUUAGAUGCAAGUUGUUCUACGGACGCAGUUUGCGCAACAAGCACCGGAAGUGUGGGAUGCACGGGCGAUGAUGGUGGACCAAUAAUGUGUCGUGAGAAAGAAACUGGGGAAUAUGUAACUGUGGGGUUGAUGACGUCAACUGAUUGUGACGAAACUCUUCCACAGACAAUUUACAGUUUAAUGCCCGGUCUGCAAUACAAUGAUAUCGCUAAGAGUUACCCUUAUUAUGACAUCACAGCAUAAAGUUAAUAUAACUGAGGACAGUAUUUAUCACAACUCGUGAUGUUAAAAUAUAAAACUAUAAUAUGAUAUAAAUAUAUAUUCUUGCAGACAGA